CCGCUCCCCGGCUCCGGCGCGGCCUCCAGCUCCCGCCGCGGCUCCCCCGGACCGAGGCCCCUCCCCGGAGCCGACCCCAGCCGUCCGCCGCGGGGGGCAGCCCCCCGAGCCCGCUCGCUCGCCGGCCGCGCCAUGAACCUCUUCCGAUUCCUGGGGGACCUCUCCCACCUCCUGGCCGUCAUCCUGCUGCUGCUCAAGAUCUGGAAGUCGCGCUCCUGCGCGGGCAUUUCGGGGAAGAGCCAGGUCCUGUUCACCGUGGUCUUCACCGCCCGCUACCUGGACCUCUUCACCAACUACAUCUCUCUCUACAACACCUGCAUGAAGGUGAUCUACAUCGUCUGCUCCUUCACCACAAUUUGGCUGAUUUAUAGCAAGUUCAAAGCCACGUACGAUGGGAACCACGACACGUUCCGGGUGGAGUUCCUUGUGGUCCCCACAGCCUUGCUGGCCUUCCUGGUCAACCACGAUUUCACUCCGCUGGAGAUACUCUGGACCUUCUCGGUGUACCUGGAGUCGGUGGCGAUCCUGCCGCAGCUGUUCAUGGUGAGCAAGACGGGCGAGGCAGAGACCAUCACCAGCCACUACCUGUUUGCACUGGGCGUCUACCGGGCCUUCUACAUCCUCAACUGGAUCUGGCGCUACCACUUCGAUGGCUUCUUCGACCUCAUUGCCAUCGUGGCCGGCCUGGUCCAGACGGUUCUCUACUGCGAUUUCUUCUACCUCUACAUCACCAAAGUCCUAAAGGGGAAGAAACUGAGUCUGCCAGCCUAGCUGUGGGCCUCGCCUUUCCUCCUGGCAGCGCAGCGGCGAGUGGUGGGCGAUGGCCUUGUCGACCGGAGCCUUCUGCAACCCCCAAGGGUGACAUUUGAAAGAACCAACCUCUUCCUGUGCCCCCCUCCUGCCGGCUUUCAGGGGGCAGUGGAGGACCCACGUCUUGGGGAGCUCAGGUCCUGGGCUGUUUGUAGUUUUUUGCCUUUUAGAAAAGAAGAACAAAACGAAAAAAACAAAAGAUCUUUCCAGAAUUUCACUUUUUUUUCUUUCUGACAAUUCUUUUCUGUCUCUUUUCUGCCACCCUCACUCCCUUUUUAUAAGCCGUUUUUGGGCGUCCUAUGCAGGGGGCCCAUUUGGAGAUGUCUCCACAAUGCACACAAACUCCUCGACUCCCUCCUGGGACCCCAAACCCCUCUGGGAACCCAACAGAUUGCCAAACAUUCAACCUGCCCGCCUGUGACCUCCCACUGCCGUUGACAAGGAGGGCCCCCCAGGCUCUCCAAAUAUCCAGGCCAGAGAAGGGGAGUUGGUGAGGACAAACUCCCCUGGUAUUUUCAUAGUAGAUUUGUUUUUCUCACUCUUUCCAGUGUUUGGGCUUUCUGGUCUUUUCUGGCAAUGAAGGGGGAGGCGAGGGGCUGGGCACGGGAGGACCGGCCUGAUGAUCGAUCCCUGUAUCUCUACGACCAUGUUUUUGUACAGAAUUGAUGGUUGAUUCUUUGUUCUCGAAUAAAUCAAGGAAAAUGACACCUCUC